CAGUCCCAAGAUGGCGACCUCCAUCAUGCAGCGCUGUCUGUUUCCACGACGGAGGUUUAUCCAAUGUAUUGAUUACAAAUCAGUUGCCAGAAGAUGUUUGCUGUCGUCCGCAUACACUAACGCCACAAUAUGGGAGCAGAGACAAAAAGAGCCACACAGCCUGGGUCAGUUAGCUGCUCUGAUGGACCGAACGUAUGAGAGAAAGCUGCCCGUCAGCUCCUUGGCCAUCGGCAGGUUCAUAGAUAAUAUAUCAUCCAGAGAUGAAGUGGAUCAAGCAGAAUAUUACCUGUAUAAGUUUCGUCACAGUCCAAACUGCUGGUUUCUCCGGGAUUGGACCGUUCACAGCUGGAUUCGACAGUGUCUUAAAUACGGAGCCAGAGAUAAAGCUCUUUACACGCUGAAGAACAAGGUUCAGUUCGGCAUAUUUCCUGAUGACUUCACCUUUAAUAUUCUGAUCGACUCCUUUAUAAAAGACAAAGACUUUAAAGGAGCGUGUUCAGUUGUGGAGGAAGUGAUGCUUCAGGAGUCGUUUGAGCAAAUCUCCACACAGAUUCUGUCUCUUCAUGCUCUCAGCAAAUAUCUGGCAACCCAACCUGAGCUCAGCUGGCAGGAGGAGAGGAGCAUUGGAGCAUCGCUGCUGCUGGCAGGACUGAAGCAGGAGAACUCCAUUGGUUUCAGUGCGCGGCUAAUGGGACUCGCUCUUAUUGGUAAAGUGGAGUUCUCCAGAGGGAUCCACGCUGUGUUUCAUGAGAUGCCGCUGAUCUGGAGCUCUGGUUAUCUGCGCCGCGCUGUCGCCGUCCUGCAGGCCGUGAGUUCAGACUUCACAGGCGUGCAGAUCUCCGAGGACGCGUUGAAUUUUAUGGAGAAAAUCCUGCAAGAUCUGUCAGCGAUCUCUGAUGGAGCAAACACACAGAAUGACAGCGAGAUGCAUCUGGACGAAGAAGACCAGCUGGAGAGACUCAAACUCCCACAAUACAUCAGCAGCUUCAGGGAGCUGAAGGAGCGUCUGCAGACUCAGGAUAAAAUCGUCUCAAGGAGUCUGGAGUCUCUGCUGGAGCUCCUGCCGAUCAGUGAAGAGUCGGAUUUAUCUGCGUAUCGGCAGCGGAUGCAGGACUGGGGAGACGAGCAGCAGAAACUCAUCCAGAGAGAAGCAGAGAGCAGAGAAAAGAGCAAACGGGACGCGCACACACUCAGAGCCGCGCAAUGAAGAGAUUGAGAGUGUGUGUGUGUACACUGCAAACACUGCUUUGCUUACUGUGAGUUUUUGUCUUGUUUCUAGUCCAAAUAUCUAAAUAUUCUUGAAGCAUUUUCUAGACAAGCAAAAUAAUGAAAUAAUGAGUCAAAAUGAAGUGAGUUUUUCCUUAAAACAAGCACAAUAAUCUGCCAAUGGGGUGAGUAAAAUAAUAAUGCUUUCAGUUUGACUGAAGAUUCAUGAACUGACUCCCUUGGCAGAUUAUUUUGCUUGUUUUAAUGAAAAACUCUCUUCUUUUCGACUCAUUAUUUCUGAAAAUAAGACUAUAUUUGUUCUUCCUCUAGCAAAUGCUUCUUGGUUUAAGAUUUUUUGAGAUAUUUAGACUAGAAACAAGACGCAAACUCUAAAUAAGAAAAGUCUUGUUCGGUGUGUCAUCAUCGUCAUGUAGGUUUGUGUGUUGAUAUUAUCUGGUGUCUUUAUAUCAGUAAUCUGUAAAUCUAAACAGCAGAAAUAAACAAUCAGAAUACUUU